CACAGUCAUUCUGCACGACUACCGGGAAUAUCAAGGGCGACGACUCACUUUCCAAGAAACAAUGACAAGACGAAGCGGUCGCCUUCAAUCCAAAUCCGAAUGCGUGACGCCACAGUCCAGGAAAAUGACAAAAGCGAAAAGAGAGCAGUGUUACAAAAAGAAAACACCGUCGUCCAAGAAAGUGACUGGUGACGUGCAGAAUCCAAGGGCAGAAGAGGAGACGUACAGUGACAGUCCAAUGAUUGGGAUGGAAACGUUGGACAAACUUGUAUUGCCUUCGCCUCUCCCCACCCUCAGUUGGGGUUGCUCGGAGGACGUGUGGGUGAAAAUGCUGGCCAAAGACCUGAAGUACCAGCAUGACAAGAGCCUGACCGCGAGGCACCCGGAGAUCCAGCCCAAGAUGAGGGCCAUCCUGCUGGACUGGCUUCUGGAGGUGUGCGAGGCCUACCUGCUCCACCGGCAGACCUUCUACCUGGCGCAGGACUUCUUCGACCGCUACAUGCUGACGCAGGCCGGCGUGGACAAGAACCGCCUGCAGCUGACGGGCCUCACCGCACUCUUCAUCGCCUGCAAGAUAGAGGAAAUCAAUCCCCCCAAGUUGAUGGAGUUGGCCUACGUGGCGGAUGGGGCCUGUUACGAGGAGGAGAUCUUGCAGAUGGAGCUCAUUAUGCUGAAGGCGUUAAACUGGGACCUGUGCCCCGAGACGGUCAUCUCCUGGAUGAAGCUCUACCUCCAGAUGGCCUCUCUGUAUGAUCACACCAACCUCCUCCUCCCACAGUUCUCCAGAGAAACCUACAUCCAGAUCACGCAGCUCCUGGACCUGUGUAUUCUGGAUGUGAAUGCUCUGGACUUCCAGUACGGGCUACUCGCUGCUGCUGCACUUAGUCACUUUACCUCCGUGGAGGUCGUUCUCAAGGUCACAGGUCUGACCUGGGAGAAGCUGCUACCGUGUGUGAACUGGAUGGCACCGUACGCCGAGACAGUGGCGGGCUACAUGAGCGUGCCCCUCAAGCAGUUUGAGACCGUGUCUGAGGAGGACUGGCACAACAUCCAGACACACACCACAUACCUGACCAUGCUGGACCAGGCCCACCAGAGGCAGUUUGAGAGCUCCUUUGUUCCCCUCACCCCACCCGGCAGCUCAGAGAAGAAUGCAUCAUCUCCGUGAAAAUAUGACAUGCUACAUUCUGUCGCCUUCUCUAAGGCCAUGCUCGCUAAGACUUCUGGGAAACGGUGUCGCUGUUCUGUGACGAAAACAGAAGCUCUUGACCUGGGGUGCGUUUCUCGACAGUGUUGUUGCUAAACAGUUAGCAACUUAGUAGGUUGCCUAUGAGAAUUGCAUUGCAAACAAGUAAGUUGCUGACUUAGUUGCUAACUUGGUUAGCAAUGGCGCUUUUGAGAAACGGGGUCCUGAACUCCCUGGAAACCACUUGACCUGUAAGAACUUUUCUGUGGGAAAG